UGUGUGACCGGGUGAGUGUGCGAGCGAGUUGCGCAGCUGCUCUGCGCGCAGCCCCCGCCGCCGCAGCAGCGCUGGCAUUUCGUGCGGGGAGCGGCGGCCAGUUGCACCGGGGAGCGAGAGGCAGCAGCGCGCAGGAGGAGGAGGAAGGAGAAGGAGGAGGGAGGCCACACAGACACCAACUGAAACAAAGUAUCUCCAAACCAGCCCCCAACUCCACCUUGUGAGACUCCCCAGCAUGGCUUCCGAGGAACUCUACGAGGUAGAGAGAAUUGUCGACAAGAGGAAAAACAAGAAGGGAAAAAUAGAAUAUUUGGUGCGAUGGAAAGGAUAUGAGAGUGAAGAUGACACCUGGGAACCUGAACAGCACCUUGUAAAUUGUGAGGAAUAUAUACAUGAAUUUAAUAGGCAUCACAAUGAAAAACAAAAAGAAAGCACAUUAACCAGGACAAACAGGACCUCUCCAAAUAAUGCCAGAAAACAAAUUUCUAGAUCUACCAAUAGCUCUUUUUCAAAGACGUCACCUAAAUCUUUAGUGAUUGGCAAAGACCAGGAGUCAAAAAAUAAUCAAUUGUUUACUGCCACCCAGAAGUUCCGGAAAAACAAUUCACCAUCUCUUUCUGGCAGGAAAAAUAUGGACCUUGCAAAAUCAGGUAUUAAAAUCCUUGUUCCCAAAAGUCCUAUUAAAAGCAGGACAGCAGUUGAUGACUUUCAAAAUGAAAGCCCUGAUAAAUUGGACCACAUAGAACAGGAUCAAGAAGACUCUGUAGCACCAGAAGUGGCAGCAGAAAAACCGGUGGGAGCUUUAUUAGGACCUGGUGCAGAGCGUGCUAGGAUGGGGAGCCGGCCAAGAAUACACCCAUUAGUGCCACAGCUACCAGUGCCAGUAACAGCCACAAUUGCAUCAGCAUUAACAAUAAAUGGAAAAGGUACAUCCACCUUUAUUGAAGCAUUAGCAGCCAACGGUACAACCAACAUACAAACAUCUGUAACAGGAGUGACAGCCAGCAAAAGGAGAUUUAUUGAUGAUAGGAGAGACCAACCUUUUGACAAGAGGCUACGUUUCAGCGUGAGACAAACUGAAAGUGCUUACCGGUAUAGAGACAUUGUUGUCAGGAAACAAGACGGAUUCACGCACGUUUUGCUAUCAACAAAAUCAUCUGACAACAACUCACUAAAUCCAGAGGUAAUGAAGGAAGUCCAAAGUGCACUGAAUACAGCAGCUGCAGAUGACAGUAAACUUGUGCUGCUCAGUGCAGUUGGUAGUGUCUUCUGCUGUGGUCUUGAUUUUAUUUAUUUUAUACGACGUUUAACAGAUGAUAGAAAAAGGGAAAGCACUAAGAUGGCAGAAGCUAUUAGGAAUUUUGUGAAUACUUUUAUUCAGUUUAAGAAGCCCAUCAUUGUAGCAGUAAAUGGCCCAGCCAUUGGACUUGGAGCAUCAAUAUUAUCUCUCUGUGAUGUGGUUUGGGCUAAUGAGAAGGCUUGGUUUCAGACACCGUACACUACUUUUGGACAGAGUCCAGAUGGAUGUUCAUCCCUCACAUUUCCUAGGAUAAUGGGCCUGGCUUCUGCAAAUGAAAUGUUAUUCAGUGGAAGGAAGUUGACUGCGCAGGAAGCUUGUGCAAAAGGAUUGGUAUCUCAAGUGUUUUGGCCGGGAACAUUCACACAGGAAGUAAUGGUUCGAAUUAAGGAACUUGUCACAUGUAAUUCAGUUGUGCUUGAAGAAUCCAAAGCUUUAGUCCGUAAUAUCAUGAAGGUGGACUUAGAACAAGCAAAUGACAAGGAGUGUGAAGCUUUAAAGAAAAUCUGGGGCUCUGCACAAGGGAUGGACUCUAUGUUAAAAUACCUGCAAAGGAAAAUCGAUGAAUUCUGAUGAGAUGUGCACUGACACUGGAAUUGUAUUUACCUGGACAUCUGGGGCAUAAAAAUGCCCCAAUUUUAUUUUGAAAACCUGUUACCAAGUCACCCAUAGCUCAAAGCUUGGGGAUGGGAUUGGAAAGACCCUCACGCUUAUUGUCAAGGGGUUGUAAAGUACUGUAUCUUAAAAAAGAAAUGAACAAAAAAACUCUCCCUAUAUAUAUAUAUAUAUAUAUAUAUCUUUAUAUACACAAACUAAAAAUUAUAAUGGAGUGCACUACCAAACAUCUCUUUGAGGCUCUAGUUUUUGUUAUCAUUGGCUAGUACUGUAUCAGAAAGAAUGGGGUGGGGGGGGGGAAUGAAU